CCAUAAAAAUAUUUUAGUUAUUUUAGUUUGCAAUGCCCAUUGGUGGAUUUUAGAUUUUCUUUUAUAUGAUUAGCGGGCCAUAGGACAAAAGAAGCCCAACCCAAAAAAGGCCCAUAGGAAAAAAGAAACCCUCAUUUUGCAAUAUAAAGUGUUUAGGGUUUUUUUUUUAUCAACCUUCCUACCUCAAAGCCACACGCCGCCGCGGUCGCCGCAGCAGUAGCAACUGAGUAAAGGUUUUAGAGGGGAAAUGGCGCCGAAAAGGAAGACCCCAGUAAAGUGCCGAAACCCAGAUCUGAUUCGUGGCGUAGGCAAGUAUUCUCGAUCUAAAAUGUACCACAAGCGUGGCCUUUGGGCCAUUAAAGCCAAAAAUGGCGGCGUCUUCCCCCGCCAUGACCCCAAGCCUAAGGCCCCCGCUGCCGCAGAGAAGCUACCCAAAUUUUACCCCGCUGAUGAUGUUAAGAAGCCCCUUCUUAAUAAGCGCAAGCCUAAACCCACUAAGCUCAGAGCGAGCAUUACUCCUGGGACGGUGUUGAUUUUGUUGGCUGGAAGGUUUAUGGGGAAGAGAGUUGUUUUCUUGAAGCAACUUACUUCUGGGCUUCUUUUGGUUACUGGACCAUUCAAGAUUAACGGUGUUCCUUUAAGGCGUGUGAACCAAUCCUAUGUUAUUGCUACUUCCACCAAGGUUGAUAUCUCAGGUCUUAACGUAGAGAAGUUCGAUGACAAAUACUUUGCCAAGGAAGUAGAGAAGAAAAAGAAGAAGGGCGAGGGAGAGUUUUUUGAAGCUGAAAAAGAGGAUAAGAAGAAACUGCCGGAUGACAAGAAAGAAGACCAGAAAUCAGUUGAUGCCGCUUUAGUAAAGUCCAUUGAGGGAGUCCCAGCCUUGAAGGCUUACCUGGCUGCAAGAUUUUCUCUUAAGUCUGGAAUGAAACCUCAUGAGCUUGUCUUCUAGAGGGAAUUUUGCAUUUUGUUAUAUCAUAUGCUUUACUUUGUUAUUCUUUUGGUUUACGGUAUCAGUGGUUGUAUUAUCAGAUGCUAUAAGGGAAAACCUAAAUUUUGGGAUGCUAUCUUUGUUAUAUAAGAACUUCAGUAUUUCCUUAUUUGAUUGUGUUUUGUGCUA